GAUUCAAGUUUUCCUGUAUUAUUACUGCUGCAGAUAAAUUGCUUUUCUCUUGUUGGGUUUGCUGCCAGACUGCUUCCGACGCUCACCGGUCGCUGCGAGGUUAAAUACCCGCAAUCCACGCCUUUUUCUCUGCCAAGAAUCGGCAUCUCGAAGGGGAUACCAGAGUCAUUACCUCCUCUCAUCGCCACCUCUCCUUGAACGGAGAACUACUAUCUUCUGUUUAGUUUGUUUGCUGUGGGUAGUGUAGAGUCUAUUUCACUGUUCAAGAGAAUGGUUCUUUGAGCUGUAAGGUGUCACUAUUGGGAGUCCAUUUGUGCGGUGCGUGAUUAGGGGUUUGGUUGGCGGAGAGGAGUUGAUGUUUGGUUGUUAGUUUGUGGAGGUUGUAGCGUGUGAAAGUGAGGACGAGGAGAAGCGGGGGUUGUAGUUGGAAGGAUUUCGAGGUUGUCUAGUGGAAGCGAUGGCGCAGCAGCCGAGUACCACGAUGAUGAUGGCGAUGCAGCAACAGCAGGUGCAUGGAGGGGGGAACCAUCAUGGGGGGAUGGGGUUUCACCACCCUGGAAUGGGUGGGCAGCAGGGGGGUGGAGGAGGGGGAAGUGGCGGAGGUCCUGUCAUGGAUGAGUUGAUGGAGCAUAUGUUUGGGAUGCCAGGUGGAGGUAUGUUCGAUAUGGCCGGCGGGAGAGUUGGUCCGUGGGAUUACAAUGUGGGUUCCGGGGCGGGGAAGGGGUUUGGAGUGGGAGGGAUGCCAUCUGCAGUGGGGUUGAGCAAAAAGGGGAAUGAGGAGGUUGAUUAUGGCUUGUCAGAAGUGCAGAUCCGCCAUCAUCAGCAACAGAGUGCGGGAGCUAGAGGGGAGAGUGGCUCGGGUGGCAUGCCAGUGGUGAGAGAGGCUCGCAAUGGAGCCCCGGAUACACUGACGCGAUCAGUGUCUCUCGGGAGUAGCGCUAGCGAAGAAUCUGGCCCACAGCAGGGCAAGGGGGACCAGUUGAUGGGUUCCAUGGUCGCUCCGUCCAAGCAUCUUCAGCAGCCGUAUGGUGGUGCAGGCAGCGGUGUGCCAACACUUCCAAUGAACUUUGCUCCAGCUAAGGCAGAGAAUGUGAUGCUGGUGGGCGAGAUGGACUCACACAACGCACAUGGAAAACGUUUUCGAGAAGAUGAAGAUGGUCGGCCCAGGCCCACUGGAGCCAUGCCACCUGGAGGUUGUCAAGGGUCUGGGUAUGCCAACCCAGGAGUUCCGGCAGGACAGUCGCUCCCUGGUAUGGGGGCUAGACCACGAGUGCGAGCACGUCGUGGUCAAGCUACUGAUCCUCACAGCAUUGCUGAACGGCUUCGCAGAGAGCGAAUCGCUGAGCGCAUGAAAGCCUUGCAAGAACUCGUUCCCAACUCGAAUAAGACGGAUAAGGCGUCGAUGCUGGAUGAAAUCAUCGAUUACGUCAAGUUCCUGCAACUCCAAGUAAAGGUUCUAAGUAUGAGUCGACUAGGAGGUGCUGGUGCACUUGUUAACAGUGAUCCGCCCGCUGAGGGUGGAAACAAUUUCGCCGCGUCAGCUGGGUCUUCGGGGGUUUCUAACCCUGCUCAAGAUGGGUUAGCAUCUGCUUUGACAGAAAGACAAGUGACACGCAUGAUGGAGGAUGAUAUGGGUGCUGCAAUGCAGUACCUGCAAAGCAAGGGACUGUGUCUUAUGCCCAUCUCCCUUGCAACUGCUAUAUCAACAACAAACAAGGGCCCGGCACAAGCCAAUGCUAAUACAGGGGACCGACAGGGAUCAGCAGCAGCAUCAAACAUUGGCAAGUCCACAGCUGGUUCCAGCUUAGCUGGAGGUUCCAAAGAGGACGGUUCAGAGGCUGGGAGAGUGACUGAAUCUACCACUCAAGACACCUAGGAGCUCAUGCCAGGAUCUGCAGCUGGUGUGACAGGAUAUAACUAUUGCUAUGUAUCAUCUGUGCAGGAUUCAGUAGUUUCCGACUUGAUUAGUGUUGUUUUUAAGCGACCUGAAGCUACUGAGGUUGGAGAUGUCCCGGUUGUAGCACCUGGCAUGAAGCAGUUACUCUAUGUGGAGGUUCGCUUCUUGCUCGCCUCCCUCAGCAAUGGAGCUUGUAGUGACAGGCAAGGGACGCUCGGGUGCAUUGACAUGUGUCGACUCUGUAGUGCACGUACUGCAUUUGUUUAGGCAUAGUCGUUGUAUCCUAAAGUAGAGACUGGGAAGCUUUAUGACCUCCUGCUUUAUUGAAGUGGACCCAUUGUAUCCAAUCAUAGUGGAUGGUCCUCUGAAGUCUCGUCAGAGUCUUUGAUAAUUUCACUCAAUCAACCCAAGUGAAGCUUUGGUCCUAGGUGAAUACAAAUUUUGAAGUUCGUAAAGUCAUUCAAGCUAAGUAGAAGCACUCUUCAGCUCAACACAAUCAGAGCUCUUUUUCUUUCUUUCUCCUU